AUGACGGUACACACUGCACCAUACAAAUUUGAGACGUAUACAGAUCCUGAAAUUGUUACAUUCACUCAUUUGAAUAAUUCUGAAGCAUGGAAAGGUCUCUUGACAGAACAAGAGUACGCAGAGAGAGAAAAAAUACUUGGUAAUAGUGAAAUUGGACAAAAGCAUAAACUUUAUGAGAGCAAGAAAAAAUUUCCAGAUUCAUAUCAAUGGUUAGGCUUAAAGUAUUUCACAUUAAAAGAUGAACGACUACCAUCUUCAGAUAAGUUCAGCCAGAUAGUAUCCAGUUGUGAAACACUUAAUAGAGUCGGCUACUGUAUUACGCCAGGUUCAAAUGGAAAAAUCGAGCCUGCUCUGGUGGUUUGUAUUGGCGGAGUGUUUACUUUGCAAAAACAUCGCUCUAAAGGUUAUGCUAAAGUAAUGAUAGAAAGUCUGAAUAAAUUUUAUGAAAAUCUUCGCAAUGAGUACAAGGAUGAUUUAUUGAUUAAAAAUUUGGUUGUCAACCUUUAUAGUGAGGUUGACGAUUAUUAUGAACAAUUUGGAUAUCAUUCAAUGCAUGUCCCAUUACACUAUGUGACAGAAUUGGAUAAAAUGUUUUCGGAGUACUGUGGCGGAAACCUCGAUUUGAAAGGGACCUUUCUUGGUUUCGAUGACUACGACCAUUUGAUAAGGUUACAUGAUGAGGAUUUCAAAAAAAGGCUUUUAAAGCUACAUAGGGAACAUCCAAAUUCAUACAUUUUUACUGUAAAGCCGGAUUUGGAUAUCUAUAAAUGGUUUCAGCAUCGUGACAUCUUCAUUAUGAGAGCAACAGGAAAGGGAGACACCAUCCCACCCUUUGGCUUUGCACUCGAGGAUAAAAGUCACAUUAUCUGGCAUCAUAAUUGGAAUGACAACUAUCUUGUUAUAACUAAGGUAUUUUUCGCUUCUGAAAGCAGUAAAGAGGAAACCUUGAAGAAGUUAAUAGCGCAUGCUAUCACCGAGGCUAAAGCAAAGGGCCUCAGCAAACUACAAUUUUGGGAUGAAGAGAUUCCAAUCAAGAGAUUUUCCGAGUUGGAUACCUUAAUGCACGAAUUAGAAGACAAAUCUAAGCUAUACGUUAGUAACUCUUCUGUAAGCGCUGUAAGACCGCCAAAUGGGUAUGAUAAAAAUUCUGUUAUUUGGGAUAAUAAUACAAAAUUCUGUUGGUUUUGA